AUGCAAACUACUGUCCACUUGUGCGUUGGAACCUUGGAGCUCAAGAGCGCCGACCCUGCGAAGCGAGGCACGUCGCGCGCCGAGAGCCUUGCCAUGCUCGAGUUCUUGCGCAUUGCGGACAACUUUGCGUUGAUGACUGGCCAGGCCUCCAAAGGAAAGUCGAUGAAAGGCGGGCAGAGGCUCACAAAGACCUACGGCCAUGCCCUAAUGGCCGAUUAUGUGAACAUGGUCGUUCAUGAUAGCACGCGAACGUGGACAACGCAGGACGCAAAGUCCCGGAAAUUGAAUGCAUGA